AAUUCCACCAUCAGAGAGAUCAGACAGAGUGAGAGAUUAGGAUCUUAAAGAAAAUGUUUCUUCAGAAGCUAAUUAAUGGAUUACUUUCCGUUUACUUUUUUUUCCUUUCAAUUCAAAUUCCAUUAUUCAAUGGUCAAACGAUUUUACCUAUCGAAAUCUUCCCUAAAUUCCUCGUCGACUUGGUAUCUAAAUACGCUCAAGAUAACAAUGAUUAUUUGAUUUCUGACAAACCCCAUUUCUUCAUCGGAAUUAUGUGGGCUGAGCUACUUCUCCAAUGGCCUCUCUGUAUGGCAAAUUUUUAUGGUAUCGUCAAGAAAAGAUCUUGGGUCAAAAAGACUUGCUUGAUUUAUGGUAUUUCCGCUGUUACUAGCUUGUCUGCAAUUCUGUCAGAGUUGAUUGGAUCAGGAAAAAAGGGUUCACUUAAGCUUGUGGGUAUUUUUUAUGUACCAUUCAUGGUUGUUGCUGUAAUCUGUAUUCUGAAUGGACUCAAUCUAAAAUCAUCUUCAGCAGUUAAUCGCACCAUCAGUGGCUCGACAGAAGAGGGUCCAGUUCAUUUGAUUUGAUUGUGUGUACUUCCUUUUUCAUUUUCUUGCUUUGGUUGCUUUGUUUGUUGUUGUACCCAGUUCAUACAGAUAUGUAAAAUUUAUUUGAAUUUAAUCUCUAGUUUGUUACUAAAUAGCUUUUCAGUCAAAAAUAAAAACCUCAUUUGAUAUGGGGCAACCUCAAAUUUGGCACAAGUCAAAGCAUUUCUAGUUAAUGAGUCACUAACUCACCGAGUCAAACGAGUCAAUAAGUUAAAGAAGAAGAAGAAGAAGACUGGCUAAUUUUAGGGGUUUCUGGAUUGUAAUUGAUUACCAAAUGGAAGAGGAGACCUCAACCAGUUCUUCAUCAGAUGAUCAGACAUUCGAUACUGGUAGCUGGAUUAUGUAAGUUUGUUUCAGUCUCUAACUCUCAGUUUAAUUCAAUAAAGAUCAGAUUUUUAUUAAAAGUUUACACACAAAAAAACAGAGCCCAAGAUUUGUUAAAGAGAAGGCUGAUUUUGGAAGACAACUUCACUUGGAUAAUCCCCACCACCACCACCACAAAAUCAUCAUCUCAAUUUUUCGUCAAAGAAGAUGAUGAUAUUGAUAGUAAUGAAUUGAUUAGAUAUGUUGGAGGUGUUGAUUUGAGUUUCUCAAAAGAUGAUUCUUCAAUAGCAUGUGCUUCGAUUGUUGUUCUUGAUCUUCUACAGAUUAAAAAUGAUGGUUGUUUCCAAGUUGUGUAUGAAGAUUAUAAAAUCGUUCAUCUUCAAAUUCCAUAUAUCCCUGGUUUCCUUGCUUUCAGAGAGGCUCCAGUUCUACUGGAAUUGUUGGAGAAAAUGAAACACGAAUGUAGUCCGUUCUACCCACAGUGUUUGAUGGUUGAUGGCAAUGGAUUACUUCAUCCCCGAGGUUUUGGAUUAGCUUGUUUCCUUGGUGUUACUGCCGAUAUCCCUACUAUUGGGAUAGGAAAAAAUCUGCAUCACGUGGAUGGUCUUACACAAUCCGGAGUUAGAGAAUUUCUAGAAGCAGAAGAAAACUGUUCUAAAGAUCUAAUUACUUUAACUGGCUGUUCUGGUCGCAUAUGGGGAGCAGCAUUGCGAUCAACUAAUGAUUCGUUGAAACCCAUAUAUGUAUCAAUUGGCCAUCGGAUAUCACUUGAGAGUGCAAUUAAGCUUGUAAGGUUCACCUGCAAGUAUCGUGUUCCAGAACCUGUCCGGCAGGCAGAUAUACGGUCGAGAAAUUUCCUACAGAAAAAUCAAGGAAUCAUGUAGAAAAGGUGUGAUUAAUAGAACAAGUACUGCAGACAAAAUAAAUAACAUUACAUCCAUGAAAGCAAGAUGCACACUCCUCUUUCCACUUAAAAGAUGUCAAAGCUGUGAUGUGAUCUUAUUUGCAAGAAAAUGUUUCAGAAUGCAUGUACAAAAGUGAGAAGCUUCGUAUUUGCAUUUGUAUCUUGUCGACUUACUAGAUCGGCAUGGAAGUCUCAGUUUGAGACAGACUGCUUGUAAAUCUACAUGUUUACCUGUAUAUAUAUUGAGUAAAUAUUCUCAACCUGAGGCAUUCUUGGGUAACCUUACUGUUGUGUGACUAAUAUUGUCGUGAGAGCUUUGGUUUUCCUCAAAUUUACAGUGACAAAGUGCCGUUGGAAUAA